AUGGGACGUGUACGGAAUUUAAACUUGUUGGAUUCCGAAUGUCACGAGCAAUCGGAGAUGAGCGAUACCCGAACAUUGAGAGCCUUGGCGGACUCGUCAUUUGAUAGCUACCGGUGUUCUGAAGUGUCUUGGUACGGAAGUUAUAUGGGAAAAUUUCCAAGGGCCAUUUCGGAAACCGUUGGAUGGACAGAAUCAAGGAUGAUUGUAUCAAAUGCGCCCGGGGUACAACAGAAUAUAUCGCGAAAAGAAGUAGACGACGAGGGAUGA